GGGCUAAAACACCCCCUUGGUCCAACUGCGGUGUAUCACACGCCUCAGGAAUAUCUCUGAAAAAUCUCCAUUAAAACACUACAGACUGCAGCAGACAGCAGUAGUUUCCACUUCAAAUACUCUAAUUAAAGAAUCUUCUUCACUGCUCUCCUAAUUUCAUAAUAUUCACACGGCGAUUUGGUUGAUUUUUCUGGAAUAAAUCUUCUUCUUAUCCCACUUUUUAGUGCGCUCAUUAUCUUCAGCUGGGACAGGCCAGUGUUCAUACUUCAUAGAUCUAGCUAGUUGAAGGGUUUUACUGUUUCAGAAGCCAAAAAUUAAGGUUUUAUCUGGGGUUUUAGAGAAGUGAACUUUGGCCUAUAAUGGGAGGCUAUGAGUCUGAACUUCCUGCAAAAAAUGCAGAAGAUGACCUUAUUACUGCUGCACAGCAUAUAGUGGCAGUAUUAGGGACUAGAAAAGCUUUAUCUCAAGAUGAAAGGAGAAUAUUGGUUGAUCUUCGAACUCGAUUGACCGCCAUAGCUAUGAUUGAUGAGCCAAUGACUGAUGAUGAGUCUCCUACUAUGGGGGUCAGUGAGACUGAGGAGUAUCUUAAUAUAGUUUCAGAGAAGAUAAUGAGUCUUGUAUCAGAUGAGACCAUGAUAUGGGAUUUAGGUCAAGAAGAUGCUUCUGAGUACCUAAAGGCGGUUGAUGAGGCACGUAUUUUGACUGAGAAAUUGGAGGGUUUGUGUAUGAAUAAGGAUAAUGAAGAAGUUGAGCUUUUAAGGAAAGCACAUGAUGUGCUUCAGACUGCAAUGGCAAGACUUGAGGAGGAAUUUGGGCACAUAAUUGUGCAGCAUAGCCAACCUUUUGAGCCGGGCCACAAGUCGUUCCGUUCUAGUGAGAGGGGCGAUGUGGUGGGUAGCCCGGUUUCUUUGGAGGAUGACCCGUUAGAGGAUUCGCUUCAAAGAGAGUCUGUUGGUAAAAACUUGGAGGAUUUCAUUGUUGAUUUAGUACAACCAGAUGUGAUUCCUGACCUAAAAUGUAUUGCAAACUUGAUGUUCAUCUCUAAUUAUGACCGCGAAUGCUCCCAAGCUUAUGUUAAUGCAAGGAAACAUGCACUUAGUAGAUGUCUCUUUGUUCUUGAAGUCGAACCAUUAAGCAUUGAUGAUGUACUCAAAAUGGAAUGGGCCGACUUGGAUUCUCAAAUCAAGAGAUGGGUUUGGGCCCUUAAAACUUUUGUAAGGGGAUAUCUUGCAAGUGAGAAAAGACUAUGUGAUGAUGUAUUUGGGGAGUUCGGAUCUUUGAGCUCUUUGUGUUUCACGGACUCAUCCAGAGGCUCGGUGAUGCAGCUUCUAAGUUUCGGGGACGCGGUGGCGGUUGCCCCGAGGCAGCCCGAGAAGCUGUUUCGGAUCCUUGAUAUGUAUGAGGUUCUAUUUGAACUUCAUCCUGAUAUAAACUCUUUGUAUGCUGAUGAUCAGGCUGUUAGGGAUGAGUUCUGUGAGGUUUUGAGGAGAUUAGGUGAUGCAGUUAGGGCUACUUUUCUCGAGUUUAAGAAUGCAAUUGCUACUAAUGCAUCGGUUAACCCUUUUGCCGGAGGUGGGACCCACCAUCUAACCCGGUAUGUCAUGAACUACCUAAGACUCCUCACUGAUUACAGAGACACUCUGAAUCAGAUUCUUGAAGAAGCCGAAACAGAGGAAUCGUUUUCUCCAUUAGCUAAUAAUAAUUCUGUUUCAUUUGGAGAAGAGGUUAACCAAUUUGACGGUACUACUUGCUAUUCUACUACUCCAAUGGCUAUCCAUUUCCGAUCCCUCACUUCAGCCCUCAUAGCUAAUAUAGAUGAGAAGUCGAAGUUAUACAAGGAUACGGCUUUACAACAUUUCUUUCUCAUGAACAAUAUUCAUUACAUGGCAGAAAAAGUGAAGAAUUCCGAGCUUAGUGAUAUAUUCGGGGAUAAUUGGAUCAAAAAACACAACGGGAAAGUUCAGCAACAAGCAAUGAACUACGAACGAGCUACCUGGAGUUCCGUCCUCUCCCUUCUUAAAGAUGAUGGAAAUCAAAACUCUGGAUCGAAUUCAAGCAUUAAGAGUUUCCUAAAAGAAAGGUUGAAGAGCUUUUACGCUGCGUUUGAGGAAGUUUACAGGAAUCAAACUGGGUGGUUAGUGAAGGAUUCUCAGCUUCAGGAAGAAUUGCGAAUUUCAACAUCGCUUCAGGUAAUCCGAGCAUAUCGAAGCUUUGUGGGACGACACAGUAAUGAAAUCAGUGAGAAGUAUAUAAAGUACACUGCUGAUGAUUUGGAAAACUAUAUAAUAGAUUUGUUCAGUGGAUCUCAAAGGUCAUUGAAUAAUAUCUAUAGAAAAUGAUAUGUUGGUUGAGCUUAUCUGGGAUGGAUCAACUUAAAUUUGUGAUUUACUGAUAUCCAGUGUAAUUUCAUGACUUUGUUGUAGAUUUCUAUUACAUAUUACUAAUGGUUGAAUCUCUGUAUUUCACUCUGUAGUCAAAAACUUUGUACAAUAUGUGGCACUUAUGUAAAGCUGAUGAAUUUGGUAUUGAAAAUGGCAAGAUUUUGAGAUAAAUUGUCGAA